CAUGGCAGGUGCUUGCCAAAAAGGCGAGCGCGUGAUAAAUGUUACACGUUUUUUGCCGUGUAUUUCACAUCCUUAGAUCAGUGUUUGAUCUUUAUGGUGAUAUUAUUACACUUUACAAUAUGUGUAAUAUUAGGAAACAUAAAAUGGUUUAGCAGAAACUGACGGAUUUGCCAGCUGGAAGAGACAGAAUCGACCGGUAUUGCGAUUUUCAGAUUUGUUUCCUUGUUAAUUUGCCAACCAUCCAGCAGACAUGAUGAAUAACUUGACAAAUGCCACGUCGGUGAACAUCUCGUUUGACAACCUGUACCCGGCCAUCUUGGAGUGUUUUAUCAUCAUCCUCCUUGGCUACAUGGCAGGGCGCACCAGUCUCAUCAGCCCUACUCACAGCAAAGGGAUUGGGACAUUCGUCUCCAGCUUCUGUCUGCCGGCACUGCUCUUCAAGAGCAUGUGUGAGCUCCGCUUUGAGCAGGUCAACUGGACAUUCCUCAGCAGCAUCCUCAUCGCCAAGACCGUCGUGUUCAUCAUCAUCAUCGUCAUCAGUCUCGUCAUCAAGCGGCCAGUCAAUCUCGGAUACGCAGGACUGUUCGCGAUAUUCUGUACACAGAGCAAUGACUUCGCUCUCGGAUAUCCCAUAUUGCAAGCUCUAUACCAAGACACACACCCCGACUACUUACAGUAUAUUUACCUGAUAGCUCCAAUAUCACUGGUGUUCCUCAACCCGAUUGGCUUCACACUGAUGGAAAUUCACAAACGGCGGGGGACCACUGGGGUGGAAACGGGGGCGUGCACCGUCGCCUGGCAAGUGGUUUGGAGUGUCGUUGCUAACCCGAUCGUCUUCAUGACGGCGAUUGGAAUCGCUGGGAAUUUUGCUUUUAAACAAACCGUUCCAAACAUCCUGCGAGACAUUCUACAAGUGUUGGGCAAUGCAUUCAGUGCAACAGCCUUGUUUUAUCUUGGUUUAAGUCUUGUCGGCAAGGUCAAGGCCGUCCGAGGUAUUGGACUUCUGGUGCCUAUUUUACUGAUUGGUGCAAAGACUUUACUGUUGCCAUUUGUUACAUGGGAGGUGAUUGGCUGGCUGACGAACAAGGACACAUCAAUCAUGAAGGCCAAUGAGAGUGAAUCUCUCAGCAUGUAUGGCUUCCUGUAUGGCACGUUUCCCACGGCGCCCUCUGUGUUUCUGUACGCCAGUCAGCACAACAUAGCCGAGGACAUUAUUGCUACAGGUAUGGUCGUGUGCACGUUUAUCUCUGCUCCACUGAUGUUCGUAUCGGCUAAGAUGAUGACCGUCAUUGUGAACAGUGAACUCGACUACAAGAGUCUUCUUCGCGAGACGUUCUUCGACACAAGUAUUAUCAGCAUCAUCUGCUGUGUUUGGGUCAUGGGUGUUCUGUUUCUAAGUGGACGAUGGAAACGGAUACCUCACCGGUUCACAAUGUGUCUCAUAUUUUGUCAGCUCAUCGGCUGCAUUGGCAUGGUGAUGUACUGUCAGAGUGACGGAGUGCCGCUGUGGAGGCAGUACUUUCAGAUGGUGCUGCUCCUCGUCGGGGUGUUCGGGACACGGUGCUGCACGUCGAUGGUUGCCUUGGUGAUGUGUCUCAUACACACGCGCAGUCUGUGUUAUGUGUUCCGGGUUCAAGUCUGGUUGCUCUUCUUCGGCUUUGGUAUACCCAUAACAACGGUUGGCCUGUUGUUUUUCUGUGGCCACCAGCACAUAGUCCACGAAAUAGACCCGUCGUUCCAUCUCGGAGACACCCAGUCUAUAUUUUCCGUGCUGGUGUUACUAAUAAACAUUAUUCUGACCAUCACUGCACUGAUAAUACGUCAGCGCAAUGACCGGCUGUUGACGCCAGUGACAACGUCGCCUCCUGAAGAUACAACAUCACCACACCAAGGUGGCGCCCUCCUCAACAACCCAGACUCGUCGGAUACGUGGGAUCUGCUUAACACCGAGCCCAAGCAGAGGAUCGAGUUCCCGGACUUCCAGAAGUAUGAGUCUUGUGAAGGGACCCAUUCCUUUACAGAUCAAAACAUUGAAGAAAUAAUUCCGUUCCCAAAGAAUUUGGUCCAGGAUUCAGAAUAUUCGAGUUCUGAUUCGUCCCUGACAUCCGAGACGCUGCUCGAAUCAAGUCUCAACGAGCGAACAUGUCUACUCGGCCAGUGUUCAUCAGAACAGCGCCGACAGUGUCAGAGUAGACUGCAGUCUUACCUGGCUAAUACCAUCGUCAUUGACGACACGACUCCACGGCAGAAACAAAGUAUCCAGGAUUCCCUGCAGGACGAGUACCAGACCGGACACCACCUAGUGCUAAUUCUUCUUUUGCUUUUGUCGAUGUUUAUAGGUUUAUUUCUGUGUGUGUGGAGAAUGUUCAACAAACAUCCAACAGGGAUAUACAUAGAGGUGGAGUUCCUAGACGGUGUGUUCAACUACGGACAGGGUUUUCUUAUAUUUGCUGUAUUUGGUUUUGACACAAGACUCAUGUUUUCGCCCCUAAUUAGAAGAUAUAUAUGUAAUAUACAAUAUAUACGCUUCCCAAGGGCCAUGCUUGCCGUCCUAACUUGUAUGAGGAAUUUGAAACGAUGUUUUUUAAAACGAUUGCUUGGCUCCUCAAAUAAACCCAUCUGAUUGGUUAACUUGGCUUGGUGAUAGCGUGUGCAUGUUCACAUAAUGUACCCUAAAGACUUGUUUAAAACAUUCACAAAAAGUGUGUGAAAUGUCUCCGCAAAAACAUUUUUUGCUCCCAAAUUUUAUUUUGUGUGGUAGUGUAUUUAAUUCACUACUAUGUGAUUGUGGUGGAAUAAACUUGUACCAAAGAUUGGACCCGAAUUAUAUCACCUGUGAAAUAAACAUAUUUCAUUAUAUAAGUAGUAGAUACCCUGUUUGUCAUUGGAUUGAAAUCUGGUAGGUAGUGGGUUCAUGUCCCACCUGUAGCCAUGACGGGGAGGGGAGAUUUUGUCAUAUCUAUACUUGCUCCAACCUUUAGUUAAAACACAUCUGGGCUCAGUUAGAAGAUGGCUAUUUUCAAGUUUCAAUGUGAAUAUUGGUAUCUCACAAGUGAAGGAUAACCCACCUCCCCCAUAUAUGUUGGACGGUUAACCCAGCAGACAGAUGGGUUAUACUAUUCUCAGCUGUACAAAUGUGGACUGUGUGGUCAUCUGAAAAACUGUUGUCGACUGUACUUAUCUUGGGUCUGAUUUUAUUGGCUUUCGGGGUUAGAAUUGAAAAAAAAAUCCCACUGGAGAGACUAGUAGUCUAAAAAAGUUAAUAGUCCCCAAGAAAAAUCACAAGCCAUUCCCACAUACACACUAUUGAGUCAUCCUGAGAAGAUGAAACCUGUGUGGGUUCUAUCAGGCUGUUAAAGAACACACAUUACGGUACCUAUGUAGGGUAUCAUGGUGAAAUGGCCUGACAGCCAACAUCUUAAAUUCAAGGGUCAGAAUUACUAACCCGGGUGACCUUUUUCCUCUUUUUUUUUUUUUCUUCUCUUUUUUCUUUUCUUUUCUUUUCUUAAUAUUUUUUUUACCAAGGGACUAGCAUCAGUUAAACUUCUCGUCCACAACAAUUUCUAUUCACAUCGGGCGAAGGAGCAAGAGUUAUUCUCCACACAAUAUAUUUGGCAUUAAUUGUCUCAAAUUCCAAUUAUUACUUACAUACAUGUAUUUAUUUGGCUGUCUGGGUCCGCUUGCAGAGUUAUGCAUGUUGGGUUGUAUUCCUCCAUUACAAUAUGUUACUGUCUUUCAACAGUAAAUCGGUGAUGGUACUGUCAGUGUGUUUGUUUGGUACAUGUGUAUUUGGUGCAGUUUGUAGUCCGGUAGUGUUAUCGUGGUGAUCUGGUUUGCUGCACACACAGGUCAUAUUUCUCCUGUUACUGCUUUUAUGACAUAAUGGUGAUAACGAAAUGUUGGUGCUCUGUAUAUUUUGGAGGAAAUUGUGACCAACCCUAAAAAACGCAAUAGCAACAUUUUAAUGAUUUUAUUAAAUAACAUUAUGUGGAAAAAGGUAGAAAAAAUACUGAGGUGGGGGUAAGAAACAUCAACCCAAAUGAACUAGGGCAAUUUAUUAUGACAACCAAACUAUUUUUUUAAUUAAAAAAAAAAUCUAUUUUUAAGGUUGGUCCUACUGGAAGCAUUGAAUAUGUCCUAUUAACAUUUAACAGUGAGUUUACCAGCUUACUAAAGGUCUUGCUGUAAAUUUAUGUUUCUCUUUUUACAGUUGAGAAACAAUCAAAUAACUGGUAUAACAAUUUAUAUAUUAGUUAUUACUAUAUGACCGUGUAUAGUAUAUUAGUUAUUACUAUAUUUUGUUAUUUACUUU